AUGAAUCGCGUCGUGGGAAGGGUGACGUCCUUCCUCCUCCGGCGGCAACCUGCGGGUGCGGCGUCGGGGACGCCGGCGCCGCCAUGGCGUCUGCGGGAGCUGCCUGGGGGUUGGGUUCCGGCGGAGACAUUGCUUGGGGCCGUUCGGGGAAUAAGAGUAAGAGUGCGGAACGGGAACCUGGAGCAGGCUCUGGCAGUUAUGAAUCGGAAGAUGCAGUCGAGCGGGAUGGAGCGGCUACUGAGGCGGGCACGCAACCAGGAGAGGCACCUCAAGAAUUCCGAGAAGCGCGUCCUCGCCCGUAAGAACCUCGAGCGCAGGAUCCGCGCCCAGGAGUUUCACAAGAAGCUUCGUCAAGCUCUGGUCAACAAACUAAGGUGGGCCCCUGAUUCCUCUUCCUGCUGCUUUCUUCGCCCUGGUUUCUGCUUGUUCCCUGACCUGCGUGCAUCAUGACACAUCGCGUUAUUCUGGGUAACCGAUGACACAAAGCGAUUAAUCCUAUGAAAGUCUCACUGCGAUGCUCAUAAUUUCACGAAAAUGGCUUUCAAACAGUUGCAAUUUGCUUAUUUUCAGAUUUUAAUCUUGUGAGGUGAGUUUUUACGAUUUUCUGUUGAAUAAAUGAGUAAAAACAUAAACUAUUCUCCAAUCACUCUCUAAAUAGCCACUCUACAAGGCGGCAUUGUGUGUGUGAAAAAGAUGUACCUUUGGUUCUUUGGUUUACGCGAGCCUAUCUUAUCUGAAGCUGUGUAUUGUAAAACCAAUGAGUUUUUUCCUUUUGUUCUUGUUUCCACAAGAGUUCAUCUUUGCCUCCCCUGAUGGGUUCCCCUUCACGUUAAUCGUUCAGUACACUUUAAAAAAGGCUGUAAUAUAGGCGAAUGGGACGUUCCAUUCAGAGCCUUUUUUGCUUAUUCAAACUUUCUCGUAUGAUUGUGCCAAUUUCGCAUUGUCAUCUCUCUACCUCUGAGAAAUUGGCAUCUUGUCACCACCUAUAGGAUCAGUGUGCUGUCCAAACAUGGGGAGUCAAAUCCGUGAAAAAGUUUUGAUUUUGUGUCAUGAACCUCCAGUCGUGUCACCCCCUCGCACAGGUGAAGAAGCUGACCAACUCUUGAUACCUACUUCUCCGCGACUUUCUUUCUAUCCAAGGAUUCUUGUCAUAUUUUUCCUUGCACUAAGAAGGCUGAUGUGUUCUUGGGCACUGUUUUGUCUGAAAUAAGGACCACACGAGUAAGUUCGCCUUUUUAAAGGAUAAUGAACUAUGGAGAUCGUUGAUCACUUUCAUCGACCCAUCCUCAAUGAGUUCCCCAAAUUGUGGUCGAAUCCUAUGGAACAACCUCCUGGGUGAGGAAAUUUAAUUGGUUUCCGUGCUGAAGAGUUUCUGUCUCUCCAGAGUGGAAGGUUUCUCUUUAUUUUCUUGAUUGAAUCAGAUUGUUAAUUCUGUAGGUUUUUCUUCUAUUAUAGGAAGCUUAAUCCAUGCUGUGAAUGUCAAAAAAAGAAAUAUCAGGAGACACGAAGCUUGUUUCUAGUCUUUUACACUUGGUGGCGGAGUAAAACCGAGAGGGGGUUUCAUCCAUCUCGAUUGCCAUGUAUGAUGAUCUCUCUGGAAAUCUAGAUCCCUUUGCAUGAGUUCAUCAAAGCCCGAAGCAAUCCUAAAAUGCCUUCUCAUUUUUUGGAGAGGUCCGGUGCUCCGUCUGUGCAUCUUAUAAUCCUAAUUUUUAAAAAAAGAAUUGAAUGAUUUCUGAGGUCACCCUAGAAAAUUCAUGACCAUCUUACAUUGAUCGUAGUGUGAUGUGGGGAUGCCACUCCUUCCAUUAAUGAAGUUCAAGGAGUCAUGGAGAAGCGCUCGGGAGUUGA